ACAUAUUUUAUUAUUCGUUCAAUGAGAGACCAUACCCGUUUUGCGCACCUCAGGAAGGUACUCUACACUUACUUUUAACUUUGUGGUGAUAUACACGGUGGACAAAAAUAUAUAAGUAGAAAAAGCAAGUGAUUUCCUCGAAGAGUUACUGAAUACAAGAUCACUAGGUAUGCUGCGCAGUAUCAUGACGCGCUUGCGCAGAUGAAGCAUGCUUGAGCCAAUCAGAAUUGAGAAGCGCAGAACGAACGGAAAUCCGCUGUACUAGAGGUAUGGUCUCUCGUUGAACAAAUAUAUUCUGUGCGUAUUUUGUUUGAUUUUGUUAUAAACAUAUUUUGAAUGCGAUUACGGUGUUUUAUUCAACGAUCAAUACAAUUUUGGACGGGCAUUACAAAUGUUCUGGUUAAAAUUGUCAUUCCCAAUCAUCGUUUGAUCCGACAAACUUUCAUCAUGGUGGAGACGAUUUCUAUAAGACAGACCGACCAACAAACACAAUUUGGCAAUGAGCGUAAAUUGGAGCCGUCAGAUUGCAUCUUCGUGUUUAAGGAGUCGUAUUCAGACUACGAGGAACCAUCAUCAGACGGGGAGGUCGAAUUGAAGCCGCUAAGGGAGGCGACGAUCGCUGUACCCACCACGAAGAUCUCGGAGAAACGGAAAUCCGAUGAAGCCGACACGAGUAUGGACCUGAAAAAGGCGAAAUUGGAAACGAAAGCCCUGAAAGCGAAGAGGCCAGGAUUCACGGACGAACGGUACAACGAGACCAGCUACUACGUGGAGAACGGACUCCGGAAAGUGUACCCUUAUUAUUUCACCUUCACCACGUUCACAAAGGGUAGAUGGGUCGGCGAGAAGAUCCUCGAGGUAUUCGCCAGAGAGUUUCGAGCACAUCCGGCGGAAGAAUACGAAAGAUGCAUUCGUGCUGGGACGUUGACGGUGAAUUAUCAAAAGGUGGACGUCGAUUACCGAUUACGGCACAACGAUCUGUUGGCGAACGUUGUCCACAGACACGAGGUGCCUGUCACCUCGGAGCCGAUCACGGUGAUACACAUGGACGAGGACGUCGUCGUGGUCAACAAGCCCGCCUCCAUCCCUGUGCACCCAUGUGGUCGGUACCGACACAACACCGUCGUCUUCAUCCUUGCGAAGGAGUACAACCUGAAGAAUCUCAGGACGAUCCACAGGUUGGACAGACUGACCAGCGGUAUUCUCCUUUUCGGUCGAACGCCGAAGAAGGCGAGGCAGAUGGAGCACCAAAUAAGAAACAGACAGGUGCACAAGCAGUACGUGUGCCGAGUGGAGGGCGAGUUCCCCGAGGAGGAGGUGGUGUGUUCCGAGCCGAUCGAGGUGGUGUCCUAUAAGAUCGGCGUGUGCAAGGUGUCCGAGAAGGGCAAGGACUGUGUGACCCGUUUCAAGCGACUCAGCUACAACGGCAAAUCAUCGGUGGUCCUGUGCAAGCCUCAGACUGGUCGUAUGCAUCAGAUCCGAGUCCAUCUUCAGUAUCUCGGCUAUCCGGUGGUGAACGAUCCGUUGUACAAUCACGUGGUGUUUGGUCCGCAGAAAGGGAAGGGUGGCAAUAUCGGGAAGACCGAUCAGGAGUUGGUCAGGGACUUGAUCAGCAUCCACAACGCGGAGAACUGGCUGGGAAUGGACGGUGACUCGGAGAUGAGUCUGUUCAAACCGAAACUGGAGAUGGAAGAUCGUGUUCUAAGUAACGAUAAAGACGGCUCUUCGCCAUCUUCGACGCCGAGUAUCGGUGAGGAAGAACAGCAGCAGCAACAGCAACAGGAACAAUCUUUGAAGGUUACGGUGGGCACCCAGACAGGAUCAGAACCACCCGACUCGAGCUUCGCGAACGACAAGCUGACAGUCGAUCCGCACUGCUAUGAGUGCAAAGUGAAGUAUAGAGACCCGAAACCAUCCGAUCUGGUUAUGUAUCUACACGCGUGGCGCUACUGCGGACCAGGUUGGGAAUACGAGACCCCUCUUCCAGCGUGGGCGGCCAGCGACUGGACCGAGGAGGACCGAUAGUUCCGAUGGUUCGGCAACCAUCCGGACGAGCUGUCAUCACCCCUUUUUUGAUAUCCUUACCCCGUGCCUUCCAUCCGCCAGCGAGCGAUCUCGACCAUCGUACAUGUACCCAUACCCCUGUGACUAGGUCGCUGGACUCGCGAGCACGACAGACCUUGCGGUCCUACCAGAAGGUGUCUGCGCUGAUUCCAGGCUCUUUGGAACUGUCUUGGCUGGUCAAGCCUCGGUAAACUUGUCAGUUUAUUACUAUAAAGUCGUUCUUUCUUGAAAUUCUAAUGAUUCUCCAAGGUGUACAGGGUUUUGCAUUUAAGAGUGGAACCUUGCUGAACCUAUUUGUAGGUGAACUGAUCGUUACUACUAAAGUACUGCGAGUGAUUUCUGUAACACGUUCACCAGGUGUAUCGAUUGUAAUUUUCAGAACUUACGAUUUUUCUGUUGAGAUCAUGCAUCACCAUAGAAAAGGGGUUGAUUAAGUUUUUCAGUGAUUACAAGUUUUUGAUAGAUAGAGAUUUUGCCUGUCUCCUGGUAGAGUGAAUCAUCUUUCUGGAUAUAGGCAAAUCGAGUGAAAAAUAUCGAACAACCUGGCAUGGGACGAUGGAACGAUCCUGACUGGUUCUAUAAACUGAUCGACCGAAAAGUCACUGCCACGGAUGUGUACGAGAGAAGAUUGAUGCAACUGUCAGCAGCGGGAACCUGGAUGGAUCGUUAUCGUUUGUGUACUUGAUUUAUGAUGUAGAUAGGGAAGGAGAAAAAAGCGUUCAUCUACUCUGUUUCUAAGGCUUUGUGACAGGAACGGAAUUUUUUACUAAUAAUUUUGAAAGAAAGCGCGCUCUAAGUCAUUAGCUACGCUGUUCCCAUGAAAUUCUGCUCUGUCCUUCCUCUUCAACUGGUAGAACGCGGUUAAAAUGAUGCACCGUUCUUCCAAAGUCAUGAUUGAUUAACGCUAACUUUGUCUUCAAUUUACUGAACUUUGAAUGAACUUAACUCUUUCCUUUUUCCACUAUCUAUUAUAUAACGAACGGUUCAUUCUACUAGUUAAAAGUUAGAGGAGUAAUGCCAGCAAAUUUUAUAUAUUAAAUUUGUUUGAGAACAGAGCAACUUUUACAUUCUAUACAUUUUAUUUGUAUAACUUAACAUCCUCAAAGGAUCAUAUACACCACAAAGUGGCUUUUAAUCACUUUUCCAAUCAAGUUUCCCCUGUUCAAUAUAGAUCCCAUCGAACUUAUGAAUUAGGCAAAGAGUGUCCAUCAUCGUCCAGGUGUAUGUCCUUUCAUAAAUCAUAUGUAAAAUGUUUUAAUGACUGGUAUUCAAUGAUCAUCCUUGAGAGCCGCGCAGGCAAAGGGCUGACGUAGGAAACUGCAAUAGAAACGCGUCUAUUUUUAUGGCUGAUUAUAUAUACGAAAAACUAAAUAAUGGCGCAGGUCCAGCGGCAGGGGUCUCCAACAAUAAAGCGUGAUCUUGCCACAAGAAUAUAGCCAACGAUCAUGCCAAAGAGCGAGCGCGUGUCUGGCGAGAGAGAGAAUGAGCUAAGAGUGAGAGAGAUAGGGAGGGAGAGAAAGAGAGAGAGAAAGAGCUUCUUCCAAAUCAUAUCGUGUACGUGUACCUUGUUCCCAUGCGAGUCGAAAUGACCGCGUCCAAGUGGCAGGACUUGCAACAAGUACAAUCGAGCGAGUGAAAUAACGAGAUUAACGUCGUACAUUAUUUUGCUACGAGUCACGUUCGUCUCCUCUAGCGGGGCUAUAUAUAGGGUUUUAUUGUAUGUUGGGAUGUCUGUGAGUGGCAGUGGGAACUCGAUUACACCUAUCGUUCAGUACUGAUUGCAAAGUAAAAGUCAAAUUUUCUCCUGUUUCAUAACUGUUGAGAUAAACGUUGAUCGAUCCCCUGGAGGGAGUUUGAAAUGAAAAUCAUAAGUUUUUCAAAUAAAAUCUGAAGCUGAAAUCUUCACCUUUGAUGAAUUAUAUUUAGAUUGAUUUAAAUACCCUGCAAAGCCAUAUAAAAUCAAUUUUUAUACGCGAAAGCUUUGUAAUAACAAAUACCUAGGAAAUGAACUAUGAAAAGGAGAAAUUGAAAUUUUUCGAAUUCCCAUAGCUUCUCACGAUUCUCAAGAGCAAGAAGCAAACAGAGAACAGUGGACAGAGAUUUUAGGUAGAUAUAGGUAGGAGGGAGAUAACGUAACAACGGACCUAUCAUAAAAGACAGUGUGUGCGCUUACUAACUCACCCGGGAUAGCUUGCCGAAAGCGAAAGUAAGCUAUCCCGACUUGUAAUGGCUAGCUUAAUUUUAUUUAAGUAAAACUAACUCUCGAUGAUAUCGAAAAAAAAAA